CGAAAAAUUACCGAAAUCUACCGAUGGCAAGCAAAUCGACGUGGCAACACUGACUGUACGUCGUUUCCGUAGCGAAUAAUCCAUCGGGAAGACGGAGAAAAUGAUUGUUACGGGGAGGACGCUGAAGUUGAGCGGGAGGAUUUCUUAUUUGUUUGGUCGUUUCAAUUCUACACUAGUUAUAGCAGAGUCUAAUAAUGAAAAAUUAGUUCCCACCACUCUUAAUGCAAUAACUGCAGCAAAGAAAAUAUCAAAUGAAGUAACAUGUCUUGUUGUUGGAACCAAAGUUUCUUCAAUUGCAAAUGAAAUUGCUAAAGUUAAUGGAGUAAAGAAAGUAUUAGUGGCAGAAAAUAGUAUAUAUGAAGGACUUCUUCCAGAACAGCUGACACCCUUAAUUUUACAGAUUCAAGGAAAACUGAAUUUUACUCAUAUUUUAGCUGGGGCCAAUGCUUUUGGAAAAAACAUCCUACCACGGGUAGCAGCAAAAUUAGACGUCUCUCCAAUUUCAGAUGUUAUUGAAAUUCGGGAGCCAGACCUUUUCGUUAGAACUAUUUACGCAGGUAAUGCCAUUCAGACACUAAAAGCCAAAGACCCAGUAAAGGUCCUAACUAUUCGGGCAACUUGUUUUGAAGCUUCAGAAAUAUCAAGUGGUGGUGGAACAGUAGAACCAGCUCCUGUUAGUCAGGUAGAGAACCAGAAAUCUCAGUAUAAUGGUCAACAGCUGACAGAGAGUGAAAGACCUGAAUUGACUAGUGCCCGAAGAGUUAUUUCUGGAGGAAGGGGAAUGAAGAGUGGAGAGAAUUUUCAACUUCUUUAUCGUCUAGCCGAUAAACUGAAGGCUGCCGUUGGUGCUUCUCGAGCUGCAGUAGAUGCUGGUUUUGUCCCUAAUGACAUGCAAGUUGGACAGACAGGAAAGAUAGUGGCUCCGGAAUUAUACAUAGCAGUAGGAAUAUCUGGUGCCAUUCAGCACUUGGCAGGAAUGAAAGACUCCAAGACCAUAGUAGCCAUCAACAAAGAUCCUGAGGCUCCCAUCUUUCAGGUUGCUGAUUUAGGAUUAGUUCAAGAUUUAUUUAAAGCUGUACCUGAGAUGACAGAGAAGAUUGAUUCCUAUCUGACUGAAUAAGUGGAGGAUGGACCCAUAGGCAGUGGCAUCACAGAUUCCUUUGCUAAAGUGGACUUUUAUGAUCGAUUGAAAGAAAUUUGCGGACUUUGCAAAUUUAAAAUUGUAUUUGUAUAUUUCUAUUGGUAAUAUCGACUGGAAUGAUGUAUAUUGGAAGAUAAUACAAAUGUAUUUACUGCUGUA